ACAAUGCACCCUCGAACUACUUAUCGAUCGGCCGCUCAAUGGCCGGCUCAUUUACACGAGUCUAACAGGCUGCGCCCACCGUCCAUCUUUCUCUCAUACCACCAUGAUAGCGCGUCAAAACGAUGAGGAGACUCCUCUUCUGCAACGACCAGAGCAGGCGGUAGCCAGUACACCUCUGCCAUGGGAUCAAUUCUGGAUCAUAUUGUUCUUGCAGUUUUCAGACUCGCUUGUUUUUCAAACCCUUGCCCCAUUUACCCCUCAACUCAUCAAAGACAUUGGCGUGACCCACGGAGACGAAUCCCAGGUUGGACACUACGUCGGGAUUCUGCAAUCAUCGUAUUAUACGGCUCAGGCGCUGACUAUUCUCCAUUGGAGUCAAUUGUCUGAUCACAUCGGGCGGAAGCCUGUAAUUCUGACUGCUCUAUUCGCGAUAGCAGUUUCGAUGUUCUCGUUCGGGCUGUCGAAAACAUUUGCUGGUCUGGUGAUCAGUCGUGCUUUCUGCGGGGCAUUUAAUGGCAGCAAUGGCGUCAUCAAAAGCAUGGUGAUGGACGUUACUGAUGCAACCAACUUGCCGAAGGCAUACGGCUAUAUGCCCCUUCCAUGGAUGUUAGGGACUUUAGUUGGACCACUCGUUGGUGGAUCGCUCUCCAGACCAGCAGAUAGAUUCCCUGGGAUCUUUGGGGGAUCAGAACUUUUGAAAACCAACCCAUACCUCUUACCAUGCGCUGUUCCAGCUAUAUUUGCCUCGGUGGCUUGGCUAGUUACAUAUUUCCGUUUCAAAGAGUGCGGUAACGAGAGCGUUUCAAUAAAGGCACCAUUUUGGGAGUUGAUUAAAGGAUGGCUCUUGCCACAGUCAUAUGCAAAGCCUUUCACACCAUCGAGCAAUGCUCUGGCCAUCUCUCAGGCAGCGAACUCUGAAGACGUUUCAUCCAAGCCACUGCCACUGUGCGCCUUGCUAACUCCAAAAGUCCUGAUUGUAACAGCAAGUUAUGUUACCAUGGCUCUGUUUUACAUGGCAUUUAGCUCCAUCCUACCUGUUUUCUACUCCACCCCGAUUGAACUCGGUGGCCUUUCCCUUGACCCUCCUCGCAUUGGUGCUAUACUUGCGGCAUCAGGUGUCGCACAUGGAAUAUUUCAGUUACUUUUCUACGCGCGCCUACACGAUCGCUUCGGUGCAGGAGCCAUUCAUAUCUUUGGUGUUGGCUCCGGUGUACCUAUCAUCAUUUUAUUCCCAGUGAUCAAUGCGCUCGCUCGAGUCCAUGGCCUGGGUUUGGCGGUGUGGAUGUGUAUUGGCGUUCAACAUGUGCUGGCAACUGGCUUGGUCAUGUGCUAUCCUGCUGCCCCCAAUCGCGCCUCGCUUGGUGCAACCAAUGGAGUUGUCCAGCUGGUUGUAGCAGGAGCGAGGAUUAUGGGUCCAGCAUCUGCAGCAUCGGUCUUCUCUCUUUCAAUGCAGCAAGGUCGCGAUGCGUGGCUGGUACUUCUCUAUUACUUCCCCGUGAUCCUAGUCUAUGGGAAGAUCACCAAUAGUAUGACCGCGAGUGACCCUAUACUCGAUGUGUAUGUUUCAUUCAUGAAGAGGAACAACUGUUUGUAUUGCAUUACGGUCGAGACUACAUAG